CACAGCCACACGAGCAAUUUGCCUUUUAGUCCAACUACUUUGAUACUUUGCCAGGGCUGAGCCUCAGUUCUCCGGUUCAGUUACUUGCCUGCAAUCGCACUGUUCUGAGAUGGUGCUGAAACGGGCUGGCUGGAACCUGUGGAUUGCCUGUCUCUUUGUAGUUUGUUUCCAAGGUUGGGUGGAGUUGUUAGAAGUUACAGUGGGUAGUACGAGUGUAAAGGUUGCCAGAGGUCAAACAGCAGUACUACCAUGUACCUUCAAAACGAGUGCGGCGUUGAAUCAACUGAACGUCAUCUGGACUGUGACACCUCGCUCCAAUGCCAAUCAGCCAGAACAGGUAAUUUUGUACCAGGGAGGUCAGGUAAUCAGUGGGGCCAGCCAUUUUAAUUCCCGUGUGGGAUUUGUCAUCACCAUGCCCAGCCUGAGUGCCUCCAUCUUCAUUAAUAACAGUCAAUUAUCAGACACGGGGACGUACCAGUGUUUGGUGAACAAUCCGCCUGACCGAGGAGAGAGGAACAUAGGUGUCCUUGGACUGUCUGUUCUAGUUCCACCUGCUAUCCCAUUGUGCCAGCUUCAAGGAGCUGUUGCUACUGGAAAUGAUGUCACUCUGACUUGUAGUUCAGAAGAAGGUCUCCCGCUCCCAACAUAUUCCUGGGAAAAGCUUGAUUCAAUUGCUAAACUGCCACCAAUGUCGGUAGAGGAUAAGGUGCAAGGGACCCUGAUCCUCCGGAAUAUCAGCACAGCCAUAAAUGGUUUGUACCAAUGUACAGUUACCAACGUAAUGGGAUCCCACAAAUGUGCCAUUGACCUCCAGGUUAUUGAACCACAGCUUCAGCACGUUGGAAUCAUAGCUGGAGCUGUGAUUACCGGAAUCCUGGUGCUUCUGCUCGGCGUAAUUUUUGUUAUUAUCGUUCUUUUCUACCGGAGAAGCAAAAACAAGUAUGAAGAGGAAGAAAUUCCUAAUGAGAUACGGGAAGAUGACAUCCCACCAUCAGCAUCCAUCAAAGGCUUUCAUCCGGAUGAUUCGUCUGAAAAUGAUACCCUUGCUUCAGCAAACACAUACAGUGCCCACUACUGGCAAAGAAAAAAUCCCACCUAUGAGUCAAAUAUGUUUAAUCGAUAUAAUGGUCACAUGCACCACUCCAUUAAUAUAUCAUCUAGGCAACCACAGAGUCGUACACUGUACAUGAAUGGAAGCCAGCACACCAUACCAAAGACAGUGGUCAUUACCACAAGUUCAUCUCCGUCUUCACAAAACUUAGCAAGGUACAAUGACUCACUUGUUCGUAAAACACCUCCACCACUCCCGCACUCCUAUACUGUGAGUCAUGCAAAUCUUCAGCGAAUGGGUGGCAUACCGGUCAUGAUACCUGCACAGAACAGGGCAGGAUCACUGGUGUAGAUAACACCAUUUCACCAAUAGAAAACAUUACUUGUGAGCUAAACCUCAAUUAUGGACUGAACUUUUUCAUGUAUAAAGUAUAACAUGCCCUUUCUCACCAGGUAUCUGAUGAACAAGAUAUUCCUAUAAAAGCAAAGCUAUUCAUGCCUGAGUUUGACUUAAAUGCAAUUGUGUUUUGUCUUAAAUUAAUCUUGCUUUGAAGUCUUACUUGGAAAAAGUCUUAGGUUGACAUUGACACACCAUCAUAAGGUUCAAAGAAAAAGAUGGGAGUGCCCAUUUUUUUUCCAAAAAGAACAAAAUAUGUGUUUGAAAUUGAAGAUGAACAAUCCAAGUUUGUGAUUGGACUGCAAAAGCUCAACAACCUGUGAAAGAUUUAAUCGGAGCUUGGAAAAUGGUUGCUUCUUUCUGAGAAAUGAAGAUUCCUAGUGAAAUUUUACCAAAAAUGUCUCAAAGCAUGAAUGCCUCACUUUACUUGCUCUUGGAAACCUGUAAAUACAUCAGCAAAAUAAGAAAUAGACUAGUUCUGGAAAGCUAACAACUCAUUUCCAAAGUUUAGUCAAUUAUGUUAAGUGCACGAAAAUGGCCUGCAUGUUGUAGGAGAUAAUAACUUCAUCAACAGAAUAUAAUUUUGGAAGAAUAUAGGUUUCUUUGAAAAAGGUUUGAUGUUUUUUUUAUCCUCUAAUAUGGAUAAGCUAGAUUUUGCAAUGUAUUACUUUUGUUGAAGUGUUCAUGCGACAGUGAUUCUCAAGAAUAACAGUGGCAAACCUGGCUAUGAGAAGACUGGACUGCUGUGGUGAUAUGUGGAAGAAGAUGAUUGAAAAUGGAAUGAAACACGGAAUAAUAGCAUUAAUUGAUGCCACACCUGGACUGAGCAUGCAUAUGUCUUAAUUGUUCUGUGGAACAAUAAACCAGUGAUUUACACUAGUUUUCUAUAAUAGUAUUAAUGAUGACGAUGGUCGUGGUAAUCAAUGUAAAUAUAGAAUGACUAAAGUUCAUUCUUUUGUAUUUUGUUAGGACUUUGGAAAAACACACUGAAGAAAUAUUCCUUUGGUCCCUGCCAUUAUUAAGGGAUUAGGUUAUACUUGUGUUGGAAUGCUAACUUAUGUUUACAUUUUUUUUAUUAGUGACAAUGACCAUUAUGCAUCAGGUUGAACUCAAGUGUGAUAAAUAUUCCAGGUUUUUGCCAUUGAUAUUGCAGAGCUAUGGUCAGUCAGUAGAGGACCGUCAUUUAUAUUCUUGUGAAGAGAGAGAUCGAGGAGAGGCAUUAGAUCUAUUUUAACUAUUUUCCUUUACAUCGCUGUGCUGAACUGGGAUUGAGGACAGGCUUCAACUAAGUAAUCAUCAAUAUAAAAUGGUUGAUUACUGUACCAUGAGAAUAUUUGUAAAUUAUUAAAGUAUUGCAUCCUCCUGUGUUUUGUAAAUACUGUAGGUUGCUAAUGAAAUGGUGCCAAAACACCUCCAGACAUUACUAAACAUGCCAGCUUGUCAACAAAUCAAAGGACCUGGGUUUUGCAUUCAUGUUUAAGAUUGAAAGUCAGUUCUCAUUGAAUAGCCUAAGGAGAUUAGAUUAAAAGCAAACCCAGGGCCAUUGUGAGAAGACUGCUGGUCAGUGAAAAUUAAUUCCAGGCAGAAAACACCACUAAUUUUCCACUGUUUGCACUUGAAUUAAUCUUUUUAAAAAUCCAGAUUCAGCAGCUUAUGGUCUUUUGGGUUCCUGUGCACUUGUCUAACUCUGUCAUUUACAAUAAAAGUCAAAUUAGUAUUGUAACAUGUUGGUAUUUUGGAUUUUUCACUUUCCACUAAUGAAAUAUGUUUAUCAGCUUUGGUGAAAAGAACUGUAUUGAAGGAAAAUGACAAAGGAAACAGUUACAUUAACUCAACACUGAAGGAUAUGGAGGAUUUGAAGUGAUUUGGAAAAGUACAGUUAUCUUGCAAUUACUUGGUCCAUUUUUGAUUGCUGAGUUCUAAAUCUUUAAUGUACUUGUGUGAAUUGGCCAACAGUGGAAGGCUGGCAACUACAUUAAGAUGAAUAACAUGUAAUGUAUGGAUUAAACUAAUAGUGUGCCCUUAAGCAGACCUUUCAGGAUAGCCAAUCAAUGCUGAUUUGAUUGGCUGUUCUUCACUGGAGGUAUCCUGCUCUCUGUUUCUUCAUAAAUAUCAAUUAACAACAAAUGAUUUCCAUCAAAUCAGAAAUAAAUUUGAAGUAGAAAAUUUUAGGCUUUUCACCCAGUGAUGUUAAAGAAAGAGCAAUAUAUUUUCAAGGCAGUUUGAUUGUGACUCAGGGUAUUGGUGUUACCAAAUAUCCAUUGCUGCUGUUUUCUCAGAUUGUAGUUGUCUAUGGUUUGAGCUAGGAAGAGAAGUUGUGACUUGUACAGCUUGUAGUUCGAUCCAUGUUGAAUUGGCAAUGGAUAGAGGGGAUAUUUUAAGUUGUGGAUGAGUUUUCAGUUCUGCACGUUGCUUUUUCCAGUAAGUUGUAAGUUUUGGCCAAUUUUAUCCUGGUAAAUGGUGACUAGUCUGCCACGUUCUAAACUGGAGAAUCUUUGAUGCUUUGAGAUGUCAGUGUCAGGUUCAUUUGUCCCGGUUUACCUAGUCUCUGACCUGCUGUUUUAUCCACAGUAUUUAAUUAAAGGUUCCAGCAGGUUAAUGGUUGAUAGUGAUUUACAAUGUUUUGGUGUGUGAUUUAACUAUAAUAGCCAGGUCCAACAAAAGUUGUGAUCCUGUGAAAAUUGUGCUUUUUGCAAUAUAAUACCUCCUUGCGUAUUUGUUGAUACUUCCUCUGUUCUGGAAAUGGUAGAAAAGCUUUAGUGGUGAUGUGAAGGAGGAGCCAGUUCAUCACCUGAUGGUGGGCACAGUGGUUAGUGCGUGUGCUGCCUGCAGUGUGUUUGGGGUCAGCCCCCAUUCCAGGAUCCUCUCCCCACUAUCCAGUGAUGCCUCUGGAUGCACCCAGAUUUUGUGUUCUCAAUGUUCUAUCUGUUUCAAAUAUAAAAAUGGGUUUGGAUUUGAGAAAUGAGCUAGAUCAGAAUUUAUGUACUGCUAUAUUUCAACAGAUAAAAUACAGAUACAAAAAAAAUGUGUGCAGUUUGUUGGUAUUGAAAUAUCUGCAGUGUGGGCAGGGACCACUACUUGGUUACUGAUCUCAAGACAUUGUUUUUGUUGUUCUCCUGGUAUUUCAUGCACCGUGCCCUCUAAUUGUUUUUUACAGCUGCACAGACCAAAUGUUGAUCUGAGCAGGAAAUUUUUGCACAGCCUGAAAACUGUG